AUCGCAUCACGUGCGUCAGAGCUUGGAAAUUAUUCACCGAAACUUGUGCUUCGCAAAUCCCCCGUUUAUAUUUUAUCCCCAGCGAAAUGGGCAAGAAGCAGAAGUUAAAGAAGGCCGCCCAGAUGGCAGCCACCGCGACUGCCGCCGCCGCGAAAUUGCAGAAGGACGACAAGGAGAAUUCUCCACGAGGUGAACCCUCAGCCGCUCCAGGCUGCAGUGGUGGGCAGAAGGAGAAGCCCUGCAGCAGGGAGCAACUGGACCCCGGCUACUGCAAGAAGCUCAAGAAGCUGAUGGAUUUGGCCAACCAGCUGCCGACCAAGGUGAUGAAACUUCAGCAAUCGGCGGAGGAGCAGCAGGCCGCCUCCGUGGAGGAUUCCAGUGGAGGCGGUGAGUCCACCGAUAGCGAUGACGAGGCCCCCGAUCUGGUGGAACUGGAACGGAAGGCUUCCCAGCUGGGUCAACUGAGCCCGCUGACCUUGCGAUCCGCCGAUGGACCAAAGCAUUCGCGCGGCGAGAAGAAGGCCCGUCGCAUGCUCAUGAAGCUGGACCUCAAGCCCGUGGCGAACGUGACCCGGGUGACCAUGCGGAAGAACAAGAACAUCAUGCUGUACAUCCAGCACCCCGAGGUCUUCAAGGUGCCGCACUCGGAGACGUACAUCUGCUUCGGCGAGGUCCGCGUGGAGGACAUCAGCAGCUCGGCGGCCGCCUCCCAGGCAGCUGCCAAGGCGGCCGAGCGUUUCCGUGUGCCCACUCCAGGCGGUGGUGAGGAAGGGGCAACUCCGGCCGGGGAAUCUCUGGCCGACGAAGAGGAGGAUGAUGACGAGGAGGUGAACGAUGCCAAUCUGGACGAGAAGGACAUCGAACUGGUGCAAAUGCAGGCCGCCUGCUCCCGCAAGACGGCCAUCAAGGCUCUGCUGCGGAACGAUAACGAUGUGGUCAACGCCAUCAUGGCCUUAACUGUGGGCUAGCCCCGCCUCCAAAGAGGCUAAUCGAUAUAUGGUAAACCCAAUUUCGAAAACACAAAUUGCACUUUAGUGACACGUUGAAAUUCAAUUUAUGGAUUAUAAGUAUUUGAUAUAUCUUCACUGUGGCUUAAAACCUGCUCGUAAAAUGUUAAUCAUAACUUGUAUACUAAAUUUUGAAUACACCAAAUUCACUACAGGAAAGAUUUUUAAACCAAUAAAGUUUUAAAUAACUU